CCGUAUCGCCGGUAAUUUAAAACCGGAAGAAGAAGAAGCUACCAAAAUAAAGCACAGCGGUUCUAAACAGAUAUACUUUACGUGUUGUUAAGCAGUAAACACAUGUAUAUUGCAGCGUGUCUACAGCAGGAUCCCUCACCUACGACCGGACUGCAGCACAGCUGUCCCAAAGCUGGAACAAUAAGCCGAAGAUGCCAGCACAACAGCAGCCAAACAGAUUUUAAUGCUUUUAUUUCGUUUUACUUGAUAUCGCUUUAUGUAGCAAGACUUGGUGUUAUUUAGUAGUUUUAAAUAACAGUUCUAAGUUAAUAUAAAGGGCUUCCGUUUGGCAUGUCAAUAACAAGGACGAGGAGCAGCGGGACGGCCGGGCUGUGGUACGCGCUGCUCGGUGCGUGUCUCUGGGCUGCAGCGGUUGGGUACAAGCCGGUGAUCAUAGUGCACGGUUUGUUCGACGGCUCAGGGAAUUUUGUCAACUUGAAGCGGUUCAUUAAUGAGGCUCAUCCUGGAACAAAUGUGACAGUCAUCGACUUGUUUGACAGGAGUGCCAGCCUGGAGCCUUUGUGGAAACAAGUGGAGGGAUUCAAGGCAGCUAUUUACCCGAUAAUGCAAAAUGCAGCAGACGGCGUCCACUUCAUCUGCUACUCUCAAGGUGGGCUGGUUUGCAGAGGAAUCCUCUCCACUCUGUCUGACCACAACGUCCACUCCUUCAUCUCUCUGUCCUCGCCUCAGGCCGGGCAAUAUGGAGAUACAGACUACUUAAAGUACCUCUUCCCUCAGUUUGUGAAGUCCAACCUGUAUCACAUCUGCUACACCGGCUUAGGUCAGAGGAUAUCCAUCUGCAACUACUGGAAUGACCCCCACCACAGAGACCUGUAUGUGAACAGCAGUGAUUAUCUGGCGCUGCUCAACAACGAGAGACCCAAUCCAAAUUCAACAGAGUGGAAGAAAAACUUCCUCAAGAUGAAAAAGUUAGUGUUGAUCGGAGGACCAGAUGAUGGAGUCAUCACUCCCUGGCAGUCAAGUCAGUUUGGAUUUUAUGAUGACAACGAGACCGUUGUUGAGAUGCAGCACCAAGAUUUGUACUUAAGAGAUGUUUUUGGUCUGAAGACACUGGCGGCUCGUGGAGAUCUGAUCCUCUGCUCUGUUCCUGGCGUCGCACACGUCUGGUGGCAUUCAAAUGAGACUGUGUUCCACACGUGCAUGGAGAAGUGGCUGGUGUAGAGCAAAACUCCUUUACAGGCGCACACACACACACAAGGACACCCAGCUUGCAGUUUUAUAAACAUUUCCAUGAUAUCUGAAACUCUGCCUCUACAGCCCCGUUAAGGUAUUUGCACAAAUGUGUGGCUGAGUUCUUAUGGAUGUAAUCUCAUCUUUUGGAUGACAAUUCACAAAAAUCAGUUGGUAAUCAAACAUUUGUCUUCUACUUUUUGUUGAUUAGGUAUUUGUUUUUAAAGAUUUUUUAUUUUUAUUUUUUAUUCCUAUUAACUAUUAGGUUAGGUUUUAAAUGAGUAGCUUGACAUUUUAAGAAAUAUACUUAUUCACUUUCUUUCAGACAGUUUAAAGAAAGAGCUACCCCUCUUGUGUCUGUACACUAAAUAUCAAGGUACUACCAGCAGCCUGUUAGCUUAGCAUAUAGCUAAAACUCUGGAAACGGGGUAAAACAGCUGGCCUCUCUGUCAAAAGGUAACAAAAUCCUCCCACAUACAUAAGGUAAUAUCCAUAUGUGUGUCUGUGCGCAUAUACCUCAAAACAACACAAUAGUGCCUGAGUAAAGUUCUCUGAUCUACAUGUACCAUCUCACUGCCCUACUAGUUUUAUGAUGCAGUAAUAUAUAUAAUGUAUUUAUAAGGAUAAAAAAAUUAUCCAUCCAUUUUCAGCAAAGGGGAAUAAUGUUUUCAUAUUUUUUUUAGUGUGCACAUCUGAUCUUAAUCAUUUCUAUCAUCAUGCAGUACUUUAAAACCUUAAUAGCUUGGCCUUAGGUUUUUCUCCCAUCCCUCCUCUGUUUUUCACAUCCGAUACCGAAGUGCUGAUACCGCCUUUUCUGGUGGCCAAAAAUAAUAUAAUAACGCAGACAGUGGAGACUGGUGCAGAGAGCAGCAGUGAUGUAUUAGUUGACCUCCCAUUGUAUUUAAAUACCUCAGGCAUUUGAGCAACCUUCAUGUUUAUCUAUCUCUUUUGGAAAAAAAGGGAUUAAUUUCAUUUAAGUGUUUGUGUUUUUUUUUCUGGCUGUUGUGCUCAUUGAUGCUGUAUAUUGAAAGAAGGGGAAAAUGGAAAGUUUGCAUUGCACAAUGUAUAGCCAGAUAAAGAGAAGGGAAAUGAUAAAGGUGGGAUGAUUUUAACGGUUUUAAAGUUGUUAAAUUAGUCGUAUAAUUUAAGUAUUGUUGCAUUCUUUGAUUCAUGUAUGCUUGGGCAAAUUAAUUGACCUAAUUGCAUAAAAUAUGGAUUUAAGGGAUGUCCUUCCAUUAUAAUAUUCUUGCAGAUAAUAAUUAUGGAUAUGGACACUUUCUUCUAAAAUUCAAAAAGAAAUUACUAUUUUGACAUAGUUCCAGAGUUUGUAGAGCAUUUGGUCUGUAAAUAAAAGAC